UGCGUUAGCUAGGGGCCAAUCUCCCCAUAGGUCAGUUGGCAGAGCGUUUAGUGUGGCAUGAUCGGACUAUGUAGGUGGGAAGCUACAAUGGUGGAGGCUUCUGUCAUCAGUCAAGCCAAUACUGUGAGUUUGUAAUGCGUCCUGCUCGGGUUGCACGGACUUGGUAUGCAAUCUAGCAUAAAGCACUUCUUCUUCCAAAGUGCACUACGCUGAGAUAUCAAGUCUCGCUCUGGGCCAGGAUUUCACCGAGUCCAACUCCCAACUUACGCACAUCCUUCGGGACAAAUCACCUUGCAAACGAGUUGGGCAAGUAUGGCAGCCUUAGAGACCAUCCUCGUAUGGUGUGCACUGAUCAUUCUCUGUAUAGGCUACUAUUCUGUGCCUUAUCUUAUAACUUACUCUUCCCUGCGAGAAAUUCCAGCGGCUUCACGUACCGCUGCCUUCAGCAACCUUUGGCUGGCUUUCCAAGCACGUCGUGUCAGACGUUCUGCCGCUGUCCAUGAUGCUCACCAACGACUUGGCCCGAUCGUUCGGAUUGCCCCGAAUCACAUUUCGAUUGCAUCUACAGCGGCGAUUCACCCUAUCUAUGGCCAUGGCAAUGGUAUGAUGAAAAGCGACUUUUAUGACGCAUUUGUGAGCUUCGAACGUGGGCUCUUCAGUACCCGAGACCGCGCAGAGCACACACGCAAGCGUAAGAUGGUCAGCCAUACGUUCUCGGCGAAAGCCGUGGGCGGCUUCGAGCAGUACAUACAGCAGAACCUAGCCGUCUUUGUACGACAGUGGAACCUCAAGGCCGACAAUGCCAACGGGCACUUCACAAAGGCUGAUGCAUUGGCUUGGUGUAACUAUCUUGCGUUCGACAUGAUCGGUGACCUGGCAUUCGGCCAGCCCUUUGGGAUGCUUGAGAAGGGAAGAGAUAUCGCUGAGCUCCAGCUUGAGCCCAACGGACCCAUUUCUCAUGCACCAGCCGUGUAUUUGCUCGACAAACGCGGCGAGUUGAACGCCAUGCUGGGUUGUGCACCAGCAUUGAUCCCAUAUGCCAAAUGGAUACCGGAUCCUUUCUUCUACAAAGGUCUAUCUGGUCGACUUGGUGUGAACGCAAUUGGCACAGCAAGAGUAACGGAGAGGCUGCAACGGGGUACCAAGAGUGAUAGGAUCGAUUUGCUGGCUCGACUCAUGGAAGGAAAAGAUGACAUGGGCAACAGCUUGAGCAGAAGCGAACUCAUCUCGGAAGCACUGACUCAGAUGGUCGCCGGAAGUGAUACGACGGCCAACUCCCUAUGUGCGGUGAUAUACUGGACUUUGAAUUCCCCUGGGGUGCAGCAAAGGCUACAGAAGGAGCUUGAUGUAGUCAUCCCAGAAGGGGGUUGUGCUCCAAGAUUCUCCCAGGUUAAAGAUGUGAAGUAUCUGCGUGCUGUCAUCAAUGAGGGAUUGCGGAUGCACUCCACCAACAGCAUCGGCCUGGCGCGUGAAGUGCCACCUGGGCCAGGUCUCGAGAUCUUGGGACAUCACUUUCCUGCAGGCACGGUUCUGAGUGUGCCCACAUAUUCGAUUCAUCACUCGAAAGAAGUCUGGGGAGAGGAUGCGGACUGUUUUCGGCCUGAAAAGUGGGAGGGUCUAACUGAAGACCAGAAGACGGGUUUCGUCCCAUUCAGUUAUGGACCGAGAGCCUGUGUCGGACGAAAUGUGGCGGAGAUGGAGAUGGUGCUCAUUAUUUCUACAAUGUUCUCAAGGUAUGAUUUUGAAUUGUAUCAAGAUCAAUGGAAAUUAAGAGACGGAUUCCUGAACAAACCGGUAGAAUGCCGGAUAGGCUUCAAGAGGAGAUAUAGGUAAAUUGCAGAAACAAUUCCUGCAACAUGACUUUACUUAUCGA